AUGCAAUUAAAAGAUUAAACAAAAAAUUUGAUAGUGAAAAACAUUUUAAUUCCAAAUUUACAUCCAAAUUAACAAGGCAAAGAUCAAUUCAAUAUUUCUCAAUUAUAACAAUUAUUAUAAGAAAACAAGGUCACUGUCACCUUUGAAUAAAAAUAAUCUCUUCUAACAGAAGUUAGUUGCUAAAUGCGUUAGAAUAAAUUAAACUAACUAAAUUGCACUACAAUAAGAAGAGUCUGUCAAAAAGGUUUUUUUGAAGGCUGA